AUGUUAUCACAUCUCCGACUCCUCUUUGUCCUUUCGUCGUUAAUAUCAUCUUGCCUUGCACUCAGCGCCAACGAGCCACAGCCGACAGGAGCGGUCGCUUCGCCAGUCGAUCGUGUUCCAAAUUGCGCUGCAGACUGUACUAGAGAAUUCAUUCGGACGGACUAUCCCAACAAUGCAUGCUCGCAAGGAUUGGAUCUCGAAUGUCUUUGCAGGACGAAUACGAACAGUGGAUAUACUUUGGGAGAGGCUGCCUUGCGCUGUAGCCUCGCUUAUUGCGUUUUGGAGACGGUGUUGCACUCAACGGUCUACAGUAUCUGUGAUGUGGUAGUAGGCGCUUUACCACGGACGCAUGCUACUAUCACUGCUACAAUAGUGACCACGACAACGACGUCUCUGACGAGUACGACAGCCGCUCACACAGAGACACCUUCUGACCUAGGUACUCUCAGCACCUCCCUCAACACCAGCUCAACUACCAGUUCAACUACUUCAGCACCCUCACAGUCAACUACGACCCACAUAUCCACCACUCUCACUCCUUUCGAGAGUCCUAUAUCAAUCACCCACACCACCCUGCACUCUAGUACUACGAAUGAUCAGACACCCUCCACGAGUGCGGCAUCCUCUAACGAGAGUCAUUUGAAACCCAGUGCAGUUAUAGGGGUCUCUGUGGCUUCGGGGGUGUCGGGGUUUUUAAUCAUUGGGGUUAUCAUAUUUUGUUGCUGCCGGAAGGCCAGACGAAGGAAUCAGCAGGCCAAAGACAACAACUUCUUCGAGAUUGGCGGUGUCAUGUCAGAACCCCACGACUUUUCUUCGCCACCGAGACGACCAAUUCCAGGGCCUAGCAACCCGUCAUCUCGUACAAUAAAUGAGGACUCACGUCCUGCGAGGCUGAUGUCCCCGUUCGAAUACCGGAAUGAGAACCCAGCGGUUGUUGUUACUGGACCAGACGGCGAUCGUAACAACCGCCACUCGAGAAGAAUUAGCCCUAGCAAGAUUGGAUUUGCAUUUUCUUCAAAUUCUGAAAAUGAGGCCUCGCCGAGCCAGUCCUCACAGCGGACCAUCUCCGACUUGCUGCCAGAGAAGCCUGCAUACGAUCUUUACCCCCAACCUCUGCGAUGGAGUCAACAGAAAACCCCCAGGCCCGCUAGUGGCGCGACACUGUUCGAGGAAGACGUCGUCAGGCCGAGAGGGGGUCCCAGCGCCCCAACUCCGUUCAUGAAUUCCUCUGCCUUGCCAGCUCGAUAUAAUUCCUCGCGACAGUACAAUGGGGCUCCGAUAGCAGGGCUGCCUGAUAACCCGCGUGCCAUGAUGCAUGGAUUUGAGGGACGGCAUAAUGGUACCUUAACCCCACGGAAUUCUGCCUCUCGGAAAAAGCCUAUAUAUGCCGACUCUGGUGCUGGGGUCCACCAUCCACGCCAGGCUGACAUAUAUGACGCCUCGUCGUAUCAUACCAAAUGUGAUGACCUCAUGUAUCAUGACAAUUAUGUUGACAAUUAUUGGCAACAACCCGAUCAUGGAUACUUGGGUGGUGCAGGCAUGCCGUCGCCCCGCAACAUGAAGCGCCGCUCACUGCCGCAGUCAAGCAGCAUCCCAGUGAGCAAGCCGAGCGGCGAGUUUGAGACGAUCAACAUCAAUGAAAAUUCGGGAAGCCGCCGGACCUCGCGUCACUCGGGGAGCUUCAGGCCACUUUCCCCUCUAAAAGAAGUCCGAACACCCACCAAUAUCCCACCCAAGCGUGAUUACUUUCUUGGUGACGCACCUGUCAAUGAGUCUGAGGGUUCGCGCUCUACGGCUGCCGGCCCAGCCCAUGAGAUAGUUUCUCGGCCCCGGAUUGUGCGGCAGGAUGAUAUAAAAAGGGUUCAGGUUCGUCGAGGCAAGCCACAGCCUACCGGACAGACUGUCCCGAACGACUACUGGCACGAAAAUGAUCGUGGUAUCCUAAUACCCGAGCCCAACUCUCACGGUCUAGUGAGCGAUUCUCGCUAUCCGAUCGAGAGGAUGGGUCGGACAUCGACGAUAAGAGCCGUGCCAACCGAACGCAACUUGACACCGUCCAGACAUGGCACCGAUCUGAUACUCCGCGUGGAUUGA